AUGUGCACUGUCUACAAACUGACAGUGCUGUCAUUCGUUCUCGGCGCCAUGUCUGUUGGUCUGUUCUCCCUAGCAGUGUCUACAGACUCCUGGUUGCUCACGCGAGAAGCACUGUCUAUCGACCCGGAGCUCUUGGGUAACGCCACCAUCGGUUUGAUUUGGAUUCGGGUGUGGACUGGACUCUGGAGAUUAUGCAUGGUGUCUGAAGAGGUACCCGACAUUAUCAGCUGUAUGGCCAUCAGUUAUGAAGUCAAAGGGACUGGUAGAGGAGAACUUCUCAGCACUACAUCGUUCACCAUUAUAGCUUCAGCGCGUCGAUCAGUGGCCUUAACUUUGUCGUCGCUUAUCCUUUCCGUUGUCGCUGUCAUCUUUAGCGUCACUGGCAACAUAAGAAAAGACUCCAAGACAUUGAUAGGUGGAGUCUUAUUUAUAUUAUCUGGUCUAUCCUUGGCCACAGGGAUGAUCUUGUAUAUUUCUGCAAUCAACGACGAAGUAGGGUAUAGAGCAUCCACACAUAAACGCAGUGGCGGAUUCAGUUAUCAAUACGGGUGGUCAUUCUUUACAGCAGGUUUCGGCUUCUUGUCUUCAGAAGUUGCAGCUGUAGUGACCAUAUCGCUGUUUCUGAGAAGAAAUGCCAAGCUCGAAGAUAUGACCCGGAUCAUCCCAGGCUUGGAGGACAAGGUAAUCAGCCGCGGCCAGCAGAAUGGAACAUAUUUCGGGGGUUCUAGUAAUGACAGAUAUCAGUUUUGUCACUCACAGACUAACUCGAGCAGCUGCUUUCAUUUAUGUGGUGGACAGCAUCAUGUGUUCGUGUCGGCUUGA